AUGCGAACGACGAUAUCUUAUCUUAUACAAUAUAACAUUAAUAAUAUUACUGGACUCGACGGCGCACCAUACGCAGUGGGGACACAACAGAGUGCAGGUACUUUUAGCGUAGCUAAUGAAAUAAAAACACAAAUUGAAGAAUAUAAACCAAUGAUACGUUUAUUGGAAGAUAUACUAACUCAAGGGAUGAAGCGAAGGCAUUGGGAUAUAUUUUAUGAAAAAACUGGAAUAAAAAUUAUAUUAUCAACAAAGCUGAAUUUUAAAAAAUGUUUGGUAUUGGGUGUUCCAAACUAUAUAGAGGAGAUAAAAGAAAUAUCAGACAAUGCUUCAAAAGAAUAUACAAUUGAAAUAGCUUUGAAUAAAAUGAUGGACGAAUGGAAUGGUGUAAAGUUACAAUUGUUGCCUUAUAAUGAUAAAGACAUGUAUAUCUCAACAAUAUCAGAUAGAGAAUUACAAAUGCUCGAUGAUCAUAUUUUGAUAACUCAACAGCUAUCAUUAUGCUCGUUUAAAGGAGUAUUUGAAGAACCAUUAACUCAAUGGGAACAUGAUUUAAAACUUUCAAAAGAUGUUAUUAAAGAAUGGAGUGAAUUUCAAAAGUAUAAUACUUGA